AUGAAGAAGUUUCUCUUACUAAUGAGUCUUUAUCUAAUUGGAUGUGCCAGAGGAGCAUCAGGUCAGCCUGAUGAGCCUCCUGGCUCCAUGGAUCAUCAAGCUUCAGUUCAGCAAUUUUCAGGUGAGUAUGUUUCACUUGGAAACCCUUCAGAUGGUGAGGCUUUAUAUGAGACUUCUGCAGGCGAGAGCACUUUAAGUGAGCACUCUUCGGGUGAGCACACUUCAGCUGAACAUGCUUCCAGUGAGCACACUUCGAGUGAACACACUUCAGGUGAACACGCUUCAGGUGAACACACUUCAGGUGAGCAUGCUACGGGUGAACACACUUCAGGUGAAAAGCCUUCAGUUGAACAGCCUUCUGGCGAACAGUCUUCAGGUGAAAAGCCUUCCAGUGAACAGCCUUCCAGUGAAAAACCUUCAGGGGAACAGGCUUCAGGUGAACAGGUUUCAACUGAAAAGCCUUCAGGUGAACAAGCUUCCAGUGAGAAGCCUUCUGGUGAACAGGCUUCAAGUGAACAAGCUUCCGGCAUUCCACCAUCAAGCACAUUUUCAGGCCCAAUAUUAAAUUGCCACACAUGUUCAUAUAUGAAUGAUCAAGGAAAAUGUCUUCGUGGAGAGGGAGUCUGCUCCACUCAGAAUUCCCAGCAGUGCAUGUUAAAGAAGAUCUUUGAAGGUGGAAAACUCCAAUUCAUGGUUCAGGGGUGUGAGAACAUGUGCCCGUCUAUGAACCUCUUCUCCCACGGAACCAGGAUGCAAAUUAUAUGCUGUCGGAACCAAUCUUUUUGCAACAAGCUCUAGAAGCCUGUGCCCUUGCUUCCUGCCCUGACUCAGGCAGCAAAAAUUCUCCAUCAUCGUACAGGGCUCGAUUUAUAUUUCAUUUCUUUUCCAGCCAAUAACUAAUCAUUUCUGCCUCUGCCUGAGUGUCAGG